AUGAGCGCAACAACACUUCAAGUAUCCUCAAUGCAGGAAAUGAAAAUUGAUAAUCAUCAUUCCCUUCGGAAUGAGUCCACAAAGACUUCAUUGAAAGGAGUGGAGUCGGUCCGACGUUGUAUGGAAGAAAUGAAUGAUCAGUUGGUGCGAUUGGUCCAACACCAUCAAUUUGAUUUUGAAAAGGUUUCCAUUUCUUUUCAAAAAUUUGUACAGUUUUUAAAGACGUUGUAUGUUCGAGAAUUGGAGCACGUUGACUCAAGCAUUUUCAAUGCUGAUAUUUGUAGGGCAAGAUAUGCCUUGCUUGAUUGGAAUCAGUGGAGUUUUGUGACACCACCAGCUUCUGUUUCAUUUGAGAAACCUUCUCUCAAAGCCCCUGCUCAAUCUCCCAACCAUAAAUUCAAAGAAAACAAGAAAAAACAAGUGGAAAAAGUGCGAAUUAAAUACGCACAAAUGCACAAGGAGGUUAAUAACACCUUGCCCUCCAUAGACGACCAAGAUAGCGACGAAGAGAAUAUCUUCUUCUCUAACCUUCCUCCAGCAACCGAGUUCGAAAAACAAUUAUUUUCAAAAGAUGUUGAUUUUUGGGGAGUGGAAGGAAACAAUAAUUCAGCUUCUUCGACAAUCACCCUUCCUAAACAAAUUGGUGAUGACAACAAAGAAGAUCUAGACGUGGACGAACUCGAAGAUCAAUGGUUUGAGGUAGGGAAGCACAUCGCGUCCAGAUCUUCACCCAAAAAGGUUCCAAAAGGAAGUCCAACAUCCAUGGAAUUAGGUAUUUACAAGAAACUGUACGAACAUGAGUUGCAAGUGAAGGAAACCAUUUUAGAACAUUCGACACAGCUUGAAAAAUCACACUCUCCAGAAAAGCACAAGUCCACAGUUGAAGACAAGCGAUUGAGGAGCAGACUCUCCAGAAUGAAAGUGGUUGAACAUGAUAGUGAUUAA